CGCCGGGCACGGUGGGCACUGGGUCGCGCAAGGUGCGCGGGUCCGGGCAUGAAGCUGGGCCGGGCCGCUCUGGCCCUGCUGCUGCUGGCGCCGUGUGUGGUUCGUGCGGUGGAGCCCAUCAGCCUGGGUCUGGCCCUGGCCGGAGUACUCACCGGCUAUAUCUCCUACCCGCGCCUCUACUGCCUCUUUGCCGAGUGCUGCGGCCAGAAGCGGAGCCUCAGCCGGGAGGCGCUGCAGAAGGAUCUGGAUAACAAGCUCUUUGGACAGCAUCUUGCAAAAAAAGUCAUCUUAAACGCCGUGUCUGGUUUCCUAAGCAACCCGAAGCCCAAGAAGCCCCUUACUCUAUCCCUGCACGGGUGGACGGGCACCGGCAAAAACUUCGCCAGCAAGAUCAUCGCAGAGAAUAUUUACGAGGGUGGACUGAACAGUGACUAUGUACACCUGUUUGUGGCCACGCUACACUUCCCCCACGCCUCUAACAUCACGCUGUAUAAGGACCAGUUACAGAUGUGGAUCCGAGGCAACGUGAGCGCCUGUGCUCGCUCCAUCUUCAUCUUUGACGAGAUGGACAAGAUGCAUGCUGGCCUCAUCGACGCCAUCAAGCCUUUCCUAGACUAUUACGAUGUGUUAGAUGAGAUCUCCUAUCAGAAGGCCAUCUUCAUCUUCCUCAGCAAUGCAGGGGCAGAAAGGAUCACAGAUGUGGCUCUGGAUUUCUGGAAGAGCGGGAAGCAGAGGGAAGAGAUCAAGCUCAGAGACAUGGAGCACGCCCUGUCCGUGUCGGUCUUCAAUAACAAGAACAGUGGCUUCUGGCACAGCAGCCUCAUUGACCGGAACCUCAUAGAUUAUUUUGUCCCCUUCCUGCCCCUGGAGUACAAGCACCUAAGAAUGUGCAUCAGAGUGGAGAUGCAGUCCCGUGGCUAUGAAGUGGAUGAGGACAUUAUCAGCAAGGUAGCUGAAGAGAUGACGUUCUUCCCCAAGGAGGAGAAGGUCUUCUCUGACAAGGGCUGCAAGACUGUGUUCACCAAGCUGGACUAUUACCUGGAUGACUGAGCCCUGCUGCCCAGUGCUCUGUAGGUCCUCUCCUCUCCCCAGAAGAGGCUUGGACACUGCCUGCUGAGGUUAACAGGGAUCCCGUCAGGGACGGUUUCUGCUCCUUAGAGCCUGCAGGUAGCCAUGCUGUAGGGACCACAGAUGCAACAUGGACCUGAAGCUCCUGGAGCCUCCAGAGGAUGAAACCAGCCCCCAGCCUGCCCUUUCUGGGCUCAUGAUUUUUUAAAAUUAUGUUUUAAUUUCAGAUGUUUUUGUUUUGCGGCAGGACAAGUAAGUUUUACUGCAAAUGUGAUAACUUUAUUUAAAAUGGUUUUUAAUACUAUGAGAAGCCUUUCAGCUGCUGGCCUUGUGUGUCUUUUGAGACGGGUGGAUGACAUUGCCAGCAUUUCUACUGCAGAAACCCAAGCAUGGACAUCUGCUGCAUGGAAUGGUAUCUCAGAAACAAGGGGGCUGAAGGCAGCCCUGCAAGGGACCAUGCAGUGGUCAGAUGAGACUGGAUCACAGGAAGAGCCUAUGCUCUUCCCUGGACUCCUUAGUAAUAAGACAAGUGAGCUUAAUGACCCUGCAUGAACGUCAGGUCCACUCCAGAUGCCCAGGCGUGAGAGCUCUGGAGAGGCUUGUUUUGUGUAACACACAAGUGCCUGCCAAGGGGCGGGGCUUCUGUAGGUGUGGUUGUCGGUCACGGUCCUGACAGUGCUGGGUUUAGCAGGGAGAAAAGGGCCAAACUAGGUCAACCACUGGCAGGACCAGCCUCUGCUACCAGCCUGUUCAAGGACCCUUUUCAGGUGGCCUAGGGCUCCCAAUGAUAGUUCAAGUCCCCAGAAGUCAUGUCAGGUCUGACCACUCAGCUGAAGACAGCCCUAACUGAGGAGCAUGGGUUCCUCUGUCCUACUGACUCCUGACUUUGUAGAUGUGGCAGCAUGGGACAGGUGGGUUCUGUAUCGGGCUCCUAGACACCAACUAAGAAACGAAGGGAGCAGCAGUAUGUGGGUGCAGAGGCUUACCCUUCCAGACUUCUCCGCCUUGUGAGAGCCUUGUAUCAACACUGCGGAGAAGCGAGGUUAGCGCAGUUAGGCUGAGAUCUGGCCAACAGACCGAACUAGGAUCAAGUUCUUUGUCAGCUCUGGGCGGGAAGGUGGAGCAACUCGGUCUCUCAGCAGUGGCCAGGGAUCAGACCCUGAUAAAAAAGACAUCUCUGAGUAGGAAAGCUGGCCACGGCAUCCAGAACACCACAAACCAUCCAAGGCACUGAGUGUGAGGGCCAAGUGUAGGGCACAGAGCCCGAGUCCAGGUUCUGAUCUAGACCCAGCAGCUGUGGACAGCUCACUGUUAGGAGGACGUUAGGUGGUAGAAGCCGUCUCGGCUAAGUCCCUGGAGCUUGCUCACCAGCCUGUCUAGCUGGCUCUGAGCUCCAGAGCCUGGUCGGAAGGUGGAAAACUAAAGGGCCCAAGUAUGCAUGUAAUUGCCUGCCCCUCAUGUAUGUGACCACCACACAGAAAGAGCCCUUCCUUACCUGAAGCUCCCCAGCAUUUAAAGAAAACGUUGAUCUUUUGUGUGGUGACAUCAAUCUGCAUAUGCAGGUAUGGAAGGCAAGCAGUACACACACAGGCCACCCCAGAGCCUUGAUUCUGACCUUGGUUUGCUACCACACAGACAAGGAAAACUUAGGAAAGUGAUGCCUCACAAUGUACCAGUUUUUAUUAUUUUGUACCCAGCUCUGUCCAUGUCUUCUUACAGGUAGGCUGGGGAGGCUGGGGCAGGCCACACCAGGCCUUUCAAAGUUGGAGAUCAGUAACAGCAGUCCAAAGGUGGCCAACACGUGUCCACGUAUUACAUCAUUGUAAACAGAAAAGCUGGUUUCUUCUUGACAGGGAGCCCAGCAGGUUAUAAACAGUAACUUGGCUCCAGUCCAAGAAUAUGGCACAAAAGUCAGCCUCAUCUCGGCAGGUUUGUUUGCUUCCUGCUUUGAGACAGGGUCUCUGUACGUAGCUCAGCUAAACUCCUCUUCCUCAGUGCUACGAUUACAGGCAUGCACACCACUGGCCUGGUAUUCACUUGUGUGAUACCAGGCUGACCUCAAACUUGAGACAGCCCUGCCAUGGCCUCCGGGUACUGGGACUAAAGGUGAGCAGCACCACACUCAGAUCAUCAUGGCAUUUCUAAAAGACCAGAUGUGACCUAGUGUGCUCUGUAAGGCACGCUAGUUACAAGGCACACUGUGUUACAAAACAGUUACUCUGCCACACUACACAAACACGGCAGUGUGUCUGUCUGCAGAUGCAUGGCCACUCCAGGACAAAAUGGUUCACAAGGAUGGAAUUGCAGGCUCAGCCCUGGCUGCUGCUCAAGUCAACAUCCUGAGAUUACACCCAGAACCCACAAACUGAGGACUCUGGGAUCUAAAGUUGUGCCAGUAUUUCUACUCUCUACACAGUUCGUAAUAAAACCUUUUUUUUCUUUUGAGA